CCACCGCUGCACGUGCAUCAGAAGCGACUCUCAGGCUCUGCCGCACAACUGCUGCGCGUGAAACUUUAGGGGAGGUAGUCGGCACGCAGCGCCAGCAAAUGCACUGAGCAGCAAGCGGAUCGAGGCGAACUCCCACCCCCCUUUGAGAACAGUCGUCCAAGUCCACCGGGAGACUCGAAGAUUCUCAUCGUCCUCCUCCUUCACCUCUUUCUCCCCGGGAUUUCACCUCUUCCUUGCGCUCAUCCUCCUUGCGACCCUUUGCGUGUCUCGGCUUCAUCUUCAGCCACACCAGCGUCCUUCCUUCUGCUCCUCUUUUCGCCCUCCUCUCAUCCCUCCGUGCUACUAAUCCUCCUCCUCCUCCUCGCGACUCUGUGCUCCCACGUUUCAUCUCCAGCCACUCCCCCUGCUCCUUUGGGCGAGGCGCGUCCGCAGGCUCCGUGCGCGCCCGACCCUGCCGACUGCUGCCUCGACCACCGUCGACUGUGGUGGUGGUGAUGAUAUGGCGGUGCUUGUGACGACGACGAUGGCGAUGUUGGGGGCGAUGGUGAUGUGCGGCGCUAGCGUCCGAUCGGUUGGGUCAUCCGCGCAGGGAUCGGAUAUGUUCACCGCGCUAUCUGACCUCCAAGCGGCCGUGUCCAGCGAGAAGAGACUCGUGCAGAAACUCGGGGAGUACCUGUCCCUGGAGGAGGCUCGGCUCGAGCACCUGCGCAGGUUCCUGAACAAAGUGCAGCGAGCGCACGAGCGGGCUUACAACGCGCGGGUCGCGAGCACGGAGGGCGCGGUGCCCACCAACCCACUCGACGCCUUCGGCCUCAUCAAGCGCCUGCACUUGGAGUGGGCACGGGUGGCGCACAGCCCGGCAGCGGACGACAACAUGCGCGUGCUGGAGGAGGCCUACGCGGAGGGCCCCAUGCCAGGCGCAGUGGACCUGGAGGGCGCUGCACGUGCCCUGAUGCGCGCCCAGGACGUGUACGCGCUGGACACGCGGGCCCUCGCUGCCGGGCGCUUCCGCAGCCAGGCCGCGAGCCUGGCGCUCGGGGCCACAGUGGCGGCCAGACUCUCCGCCGACGACUGCUUUCACCUUGGCAAGGUGGCGUACGAGGAGGGCGACUGGUACCACUCGCUGCCCUGGCUGGAGCUGUCGGCGCUGGGCUUCAGGGCGCGACGCGGCUCGCCCCGGCGCCUGGAGGACCACGCCAGCAUGGUGGACGCGCUGGACCACCUGGCGUUCACGCACUUCAAGAUUGGAAAUAUCCAGAAAGCCAUGAACCUUUCAGCAGAGCUGCUUUCAUAUGAGCCGGCACACCAGAGGGUUCUGAAGAACUUGCAGAAGUACGUGAAGAUGCUGAGCAGUGCAGGCGAGCGGGAGGUCGCCCCCUCGCCGGUCGGCCGUCCGCGCAGCACUCACCCUCGCACGCGGGACGCCUACGAGUACCUGUGCCGCACGCACGGCAACCAGCGCUACGCGUACCGCGACCCGCGGCUCGGCUGCUCCUACGAGGACAACGGGAGCCCCCUGCUGCGCCUGCAGCCGGUGAAGCAGGAGCUGCUGAGCCUGCGGCCCCGCGUCCUCCUGUUCCACGACUUCGUGCACGACCACGAGACGGAGCGCAUCAAGCAGCUCGCCGCUCCCAUGUUGCAGAGGUCAGUCGUCGCAUCCAGCGGACAGCAGACGACAGUGUCGUACAGAAUCAGCAAGAGCGCGUGGCUCAAGCAGGAACAGGACGCUGUCAUCCGGCGUCUCGACCGGAGGGUGGCGGCCAUCACGGGGCUGGACACGGGCCCCAUGCACGCGGAGCAGCUGCAGGUGUCCAACUACGGCAUCGCCGGACACUACGAGCCACACUACGACCACGCCACCUCUGAAAACAGCUCCUUGUAUCGCAUGCCAGCUGGGAAUCGAGUGGCCUCCAUGUUAAUUUACCUCAGCUCCGUGGAGGUGGGUGGCUCCACGGCAUUCAUUUACAAAAACUUCAGCGUUCCAGUCAUUAAGAAUGCCGCCGUGUUUUGGUGGAACCUGAAGCGCAGCGGGGAGGCAGACGGGGACACGCUGCACGCCGGCUGCCCCGUGCUGGUCGGCAACAAGUGGGUUGCAAACAAGUGGGUGCGCGCCUUUGGGCAGGAGUUCUGUCGCCCGUGCAGUCUCGACCCUCGCGAGUAACGACGGCGCGGCGAGGACGAUCGACGCAGCCUCUGCGAAACCUCAUGGGCGACAUUCCCCCAUCCCCCACCCUCCCCCUCCCCCCGCCGCCCACACCCCCCCCCCCCCCCACAACUUCAACCUGACAACGUUCCACCGUGCGAAACGCUAUUUAAUAAUUUAUUCGACAAAUGUUAAAGAGUGUUAUUUUAUUUGAAGAGCACAAAAGCUGGAGCGCGCGCACGCACGCACGCACGCGCACUCGCUCGCUCACGCGCGCACGGAUCGACGAGUCUCGCUGUGCGGCAGGACAAGCGGAAUCGGCCUCUGGGCGAGCGAGCGCUCGAGCGCAGGCGGCGUUGAAAGACUGCAUUUUUUGGCAGCGGAAUGAACGCGGGGCUUGGAAAAUUUCCGAACACGUGCUGGCGAGAACCGCCAAACCCGCUCUUCGGAUACUUCCUGCACAGGGGAAAAGAACAACAACAACAGCAACAACAACGUGGAAUGACAGCAACAACAACAACGAUACACCAAUAACAACAGCAACACAAAUCAUCAUCGUCAAUCAUCAUCACAAUCAGCCAUGAUCAAAUCCGCUGCUGGAUGAAGCCCUCCCCAAGUCGUCGCCAUCUCGCAAGCAAGAAGGCCGUCCCACGGCUCUGCGAUGCGGCAACUGCACGCGAACCGAUUUCAUCGCUCCAUCUCCCACGGUGGACGUUCCAUCAGAGGCGCCGCGUCCUUUGGCAGCCACCUGCAUUGCCGUUCGUUGACCGUCAGCUCCAUCUCCCACGGUGGACGUUCCAUCGGAGGUGCCGUGUACCCUUGGCAGCCACCUGCAUUGCCGUUCGUUGACUGUCAGCCGUGAUCCCUUUCCGGAAACGUGUCGUGCUCGUGCCCCAUUUUUUUUGUUACUGUUUGAAACAAAACAAUACAAAUAAUAAGCAAUGGAAGCCGAUCGUUAGGAUGGUGCAAUUAAUCGCGCCGUUCAUACUCGUGGGGAAAUGACUCAGAAAAGUGAACGGCGUAGUGCGUGUGAGAUAAAGUUCUCGAGUCUUGAAGGGAAGCGGAGUCAUCUUCUUGGUUCUUUCGGUAAAGUAACGUAGAAGGGAAAUAAUAAAAUAAUAAAAUAAAACAUAAUCAAAUAAUUAUCACGACGUUUCGGCCACAACAUUCACACGCUGUCUUUCCGACAGACCUGUUCUUCACCUGAGGACGGAUACUUGCGUUGUGGCCGAAACCUCGCGAGAAUUAUUUUAUUAUGUGUUAUUUUAUUUUUAUUAUUUUAUUAUUUCCCUUCUACGUGACUUUACCGAAAGAACCAAGAAGGGGAAGCGGAGUGUCACUUUGCCGGGGCAAGACGUACGAGUCGGUUUCAACGACCUCGCAUGACAACGCAUCGCACGCUCUCCACUGGGCCCUGCGGAGUAAAGAAAGAAAACACUUUAAAAGUCAACGCUGGCGCCUUGGGGUGAAAACAAAAAGGCCAAUAAUACAGUCCCAUUACUACGCCGUGACUGCAAGGCAUCCUCAAACGAUCACAAUGCCUGGUUUUUGAAAGCAAAGCCAUUCUGUGGCAGAUUAGUCACACAAAUUGCACACGUGCUUCCUGUAUGUGAGGUUUUAUAGCCUUGGCUCUUGUCCUCACUUGAAAAAAGCCCUACUGUAUUUGCAUGAAGAAAUUAUAUAUGUCUCUAGAAAAAAAUGAGUGCGAUUGUCAUUUAGUAAUGUUUUUCAACCCCUUUUGCAAUCCACUGCUGGUUGAAGGCCUCCCCUAAUUGCCAUAUUGGUCAUUAAUGAGGGCUUUGUUUGACCAUGUUUACUACAUCGCUCAGUAUGGGUUGUUGAAGGGGGAGCCCAGUACUGAUUCUGAUACUACUCGCCACUGAUAUUAGCAGUGGACUGGCUUCGAACUUGGGUCACCUGGUUCAUAGCGCAGUGCGUGAACCACUGCACCACUGAUCGACUCCCCCGUUGUUUGACCUACCGAUACAGGACAUCUGUUAAAACGAGCUUCAUAGCUCAUCAGAUUCCUCCAGUCUAAAAAAAAAAUCUGUUUCUGUUUAAUGGGAAUAAAACGUAGUGAAUGCAGGAAAACAGGGCAUGCCUGUCUGACACCGGACAGAAAUGACAACUCCCGGCCGCUUUUUCUUUUUGCCAAAACGAGUUUGAAAAAGGAAACGAAAAUAAUAAAAAAGUCAAAUAUUCGAUUGUAAAAAAAAAACAAUCAGAGAGAGACUGUAAAAAGCUCCGUGUUAGUCCCCAGCGCGAGGAGGGUUAUGCCGUACGCGCGUGCGAGCCGGGAAGGUAAUCUGACAGCGCAGCUGCGUGGCCCAGGGGAGAGGCGCGUCUGUGGGGGAGUGCUUUGUAGGAGCCAGUCGUCUCAGUCCGGUCGACCCGUGGCACCUGCUGGGUCUGCCCCGUGACCUCCUGCCAACGGGCGUUCGACACUUCACGUGGCCUCAUGGUGCACAUAACCUGGCACGAGCGUCGUGGUGACGUCACCGCUACUUAGUGGAGAAUUGCGCUUGUUGUUGUAGGAGGGGAGGGAUGGAAAAAUUUAAGAAUAAGCCACGGAGCGCACACGCGUACACCCCCUUUUGUCAAUCCACUGCUGGAUGAGGGCCUCCCUAUUGUGGCGUGGACUUGCGUGGGGGUUUUUGAACCGUACUUCACCGUGCUAAAUCAGUGCGGGUCGGUGAAGCUGGGGUCGUAGUUGUGGGAGCAUUGAAGUGCAGCACAACGAUGGCUUUUGCUGCACUGACCCUGCCGCACACAACGUAGCAACCUCUCUGCAGACGCCUGUGGCUACCUGCAGCGCGUGGCGGUAGCUAAGCUUUGAAGCUCAGACGAUAUCGAUUGCGCUUUAGAUAAUGAUUUGAUUGUUUCUGCUGUAAUAGCGGCUAUGGAUAUAUCUGCCUUAAAGCAAUCCUAUUCUAAAGUAAAAAGUACAGCCCUUUAUCCACUGUUCCAUGAAGGCUUCCCCACAACGAUAUGGUUGGUAUGGGAUUGUUCGACCAUAUUUAAUGAACCUUGUUCGGUGUAGGUUGGGUGAAUGAAGUGCCCAGGACUGGUUUAGUUCAAGCACAAUAAAAUAAUAACAACGACGUAACUGUCCGCGGAUAUGAAUCGAACUCAGGUCUGUGGGUUCAUGGGGCAAUGCGCCUUUCUCUGCGCCGCUCACUCCCACCCCCCCAGUGACACAAUAUCCAUUGGAAAUGUCAGAUGUCCGUUUGCCCUUGAGGCUUCGUUUAAUGAGGCUGCGCGGCGCUGUGAAAUAAACAGUGUGAACAAUGGGUAGCAUUCAGCAGCAGCGGACCACGGACGGACGCUGAACAGACACCUGUACAGAAACGCCCGUUGUGAUUAAUCCCAGCCGUGGCAAUUCCAUGAAUUGUUACGACUUUUUUUUAGGCGGGGAGGUGGGAAUUUGAUUCAUGAUUUUUACAAAAUUACGUUAAUACAGCGGCCUCUUGUGGCAGCAAUGGGGGAGGGGGGGUCGCGUGAGCUCUAUUACAUACACAAAUGAAAAAAAAACAUUCUUAAGCGCACAAAUCGAUGCACGCUUCGUGAAUGCAACAUUCAAUUUGAAUCGAUGACUUGACGCAUCGUUACACACUUAUUGUACAUACACUCUCGAUUCCGCCUG